UAGGGGAAGUAGGAAGGAAGUUCGGCGGCGGGCGGGCGAGCGGACCGGACCUCACUGAGGCUCAGGGUGGCUCGCCAUGUCUGCGGGAGGCCCCUGCGUGGGAUCCGUGUCCCUGGACUCCUCCAAGUCCUCCCUACCCUUGGCCGCGCUCAACGUGCGAGUGCGGCGCCGUCUCUCCCUGUUCUUGAACGUACGGACGCCGGUGGCGGCCGACUGGACUGUGCUGGCGGAGGAAAUGGGCUUCGAGUACUUGGAGAUCCGACAGCUGGAGACGCGCCCUGACCCCACGGGCAGUUUGUUGGAUGCCUGGCAGGGGCGCUCGGGCGCGACGGUCGGCGGGCUGUUAGAGAUGCUGGCCGCGCUGGGCCGUGAGGAUAUCCUCCAGGAGCUGGGGCCCAGCAUCGUGGAAGACUGCGAGAAAUACCUAAGGAAUCAGCAGAAGCAGGAGUCUGAGAAACCCUUACAGGUGGCCAGAGUAGAAAGCAGUGUCCCACAAACAAAGGAGCUGGAGGGCAUCACCACCCUUGAUGACCCCCUGGGACAGACACCAGAGCUUUUCGAUGCCUUCAUCUGCUACUGCCCCAGUGAUAUCGAGUUUGUGCAGGAGAUGAUCAGACAGCUAGAACAGACAGACUAUCGGCUAAAGCUGUGUGUGUCCGACCGUGAUGUCCUGCCAGGCACCUGUGUCUGGUCCAUUGCCAGUGAACUCAUUGAGAAGAGGUGUCGCCGGAUGGUGGUGGUUGUUUCUGACGAUUACCUACAGAGCAAGGAAUGUGACUUCCAGACCAAGUUUGCUCUCAGCCUCUCUCCAGGCAUCCAACAGAAGCGACUGAUUCCCAUCAAAUACAAGGCAAUGAAGAAGGAUUUCCCCAGCAUCCUGCGGUUCAUCACCAUCUGUGACUAUACCAACCCUUGCACCAAGUCCUGGUUCUGGACCCGCCUUGCCAAGGCUUUGUCUCUGCCCUGAAGAUGGCCCUGGCAGGCCUAGGUCUGUCAGUCCGUCCGUCCGUCUGUAUUCUUCUGCUUGUCUCCUCUGGCAUCGUAGGAGGAAAUUUGUGGUCCACCCACCCCUGGAGGUUCCACCUCUGCAGAUGCUUCCACAGCAGCCAAACCCCGUCUGGACACCGUCCUUGGGGUCCUGAAGGGAAUGAGUGACUGCAAAUGAUGUUAUUACCUGCUGGGUUGUCAGCCAGCGCAGUAAUCGCCAGGGUUGGUUGAGUCUAAGAAAAGGACCGGCUGGGCUGCAUCUGAGCUAUCUUUGGCCUCAGCUUUGCAACCUGAGAAACAGGGUCUGGAGAUCGGGCAGGAACACGGGGAGACAUCGCUCUGGCUGAAGGAGAGCUGAUCAUGGGAUCGCAUCCUUGCCGGGACAACUGCUUUCCCGUCGGCCUCGUGUUCCUGUCCCUCCUUUCACGGGGCGAUGGGGAGGUGAGCUGACUUCUGUCUGGAUUCUCUGAAACUGUCCUAUCUGCAUCUUGGACCCUCUUAGCCUCAGCCCCACGUUCAGUGGUCACUGGUGACUGGUAGCCGUGCCUGUGCACACAUCUCAGUUCUGCCUUGCUUGAAGUGAGAUCCUGUUCUCUGACAUGCGGUCAUUUAUGGCGGCCUCAGUACGGCCACCAGGAUGGUGUCCUCAGGGAACCUUCCUCCCUGGCUCACCAGCACAGGGAUUUUCUAGCAAUUUUCUGCACCUUGACUCCCUGCUUUGUUAACAAGUAGCAAAUCCUUUCCCCAGGGCUUGGAGGCAUGUGGCCCCAUAUAGUCUUAUUCAUGUAGAUAUAUGUAAAUGCACACAUGCUCUCUCACACACA